GCCGCCCAUGGAGCCUAAAGUUGCAUUCAGGAGCACCAGUGGCUGUUGGAGCACUGCAGAAACCAGCAGCAGGCUGACUGAUGUAUUCAGUAGCAUUAAUAUGACAGGCUCUGGCUCAUUUUAUGACUGCUACAAAUCACAGAAUGAAGACAGUGUAGAUCUGCCUCCAGCCUACAGUUCUUCACUUUCUACAGCAUCAGAAUAUCCAGCUUCUGUGGAUCCUUCUCUCUUAUAUGCACCAUGGUCUACGUAUGGAGAUGAUAAACAAUCUUCUGUUUCUCAGAUUAGUGUAAAGAACAGGAUUCAGACUGAAAGAAAUGAAUAUGGUAGUGAAACAGAUUUAUAUGGCCUUGUAUCUAACAUCUUGGAAGAACAAGAUAAAUCACAGCCAUAUUUAUCUGAGGGGACCUGCACCUCCAAUUUAAAAUCAGUAUGGCCUGUGAACACCACAAGACUUGCAGACCACCAUGAUUUGUUGUCAGAAAGUAAAAGGCCCGUAGUUGCAGCCAUAUCUCAACAUGUUUUUUAUAGUGGUGAAUCCACAUCCGCUGCUGAGAAACAAUACUUGCAUAAUAGUAAUCUUGCAUCACAACAGAAAGCAGAUGAACUUUAUCAUGGAUUUCCUAGCCUAGACCUUGAAGAGCAGUGGUUGUACCCUUCUAGGAAUGAUCAUGUCAGCUGUUACAACAUGCAGACUAAUGAGAACGCUAAGACACCACUAUUCCAAAACUAUCCAUAUAACAAAAAUUCUUAUACACCACAAACUGGAUUUUCAGAAGCAAUAAAAGAAUCGGGAGCAGAUCCAUAUUCUUAUGGAAGAGAGAAGGUAUGUUCCAAAGGAUCUGAUGCACAGUUGCAACAGAAGCGGGCAGAAAUGUUUCUUUCACAAUUUAAUAGAUACAGUGAAAACACAGACUACUGUAGGUACCCCGAAUAUUCUAAUCCUAAAGCAAAACAUAAUAAGAGUACAAACUUUAAUGUCCAAGAUGGUAAGAAAUUAGCCAAUGGAAUAUCUGAACCACCAGGUAUGGACACAGAUACCUACACUAAACUAUUUCAAGUGAAGCCAGCAAUUCAGAAAAAAAUGGAAGAUACUAUUGCAGAUCAGCAGAACUUCACAUUUUCAAAGACUGCAGGGCUAUUGUCAGAAAAGCAAUUUGGAAAUGAGCCUACGUUUACUACCGAUUUUGGGUUAAAAUCAGAGUAUGGUUUAAAAUUGCAUAUAGCUUGUCCAGGAAGUAGUGAGUUCGCAAAUGCCACAGAAAAGCAACAGUUUUCCAAAUCUGAUCCUCAGAGUUCUGAAUAUUUUAAAACGCUUAGCUUAUUAUCACACUCAGCAACUACAUCAGUAGGCACCAAUGUAAGGCCAACUUGGAUGAGUAUUCAAACUAAACCCAAUACUUCUGUAUCGUACCAGAAUACAGGUCCUUUGAAGUUGAAUCAUUUACCUGCUGCUGCAAAAGGUUCCAGUCAUUCUAAUGAUUUUUCUCAAUUGUCAUCUUUAAAUUUAACUUUAAAUAAUAAUUUGUUUCAGAAAUACUGCCAGGAUAAUUCAUCAGCAUUUUCUAGUUUUGAUUUUGGUUACAAUGCUGCAGAACGAAUUCAGUCUGCUAAUUAUAUGGAAGGACUAACUAAGGUUGGAGAGGAGAGUCUCUUUGAAUCAGUUACUGACAAGAAAAUAAAGCAGUCAAAUGGAUUUUGUGAGAACUACUCACCUCAACAGUAUGGGAUCAUUGAAAAUGUGAAGAAACACAAUUUCCAAACUAAGUUGCAGGUUGGACAUUAUGAUUCCGAGGAAGGACAGAAACACUUAGAUGGAUUGUCACAGAACACCUACCAAGAUCUGUUGGAAUCGCAGGGUCACUUUAAUAGUCAUAGACAAGGAAGUGGAGAUAGUAAUGCUGUCAGUAACCGUGUGAAUCGUGCACCAGCUUCAUGCUUUUCAAACAAUUUUAUGAUGGGUGAUUUAAGACAGAAUUCUAACUUUCAACAACUUGGUUCGAAUGGGUUUCCCUUGAGAUCCACUCUUCCAUUUAGUCAUUCUGUUGUUCCUCUGAUAGAUUCCUAUGAUUUAUUUUCUUAUGAUGAUUUAAGUCAUUUAUAUCCUUAUUUUAAUGACAUGAUGUAUGGUGAUGGUUCUUUCUCUGGUUUUGUACCAACAUUUGGAUUUCAAAGGCCAAUUAAAACUCGUAGUGGACCUGCCAGUGAACUUCAUAUUAGGCUGGAAGAAUGUUAUGAACAAUGGAGAGCUUUGGAAAAAGAAAGAAAAAAGACUGAAUCUGCUCUUGCCAAGAACUACCCAGGAAAAAAGGUUUCUAGUACUAACAACACACCAAUUCCAAGGCUUACAUCAAACCCUUCAAGAGUUGAUCGCUUAAUUGUGGAUCAGCUACGUGAACAAGCCAGAGUUGUGACUUUACUGGGAAAAAUGGAACGUCUUCGCAGUUCUCCCCUUCAUGCUAACAUUUCUACUGCUCUUGAUAAACAUCUGGAGAUAAUUCAUAUAGUGCAGUCACGUAGAAAGGAUGAAAUUGUAAAUGCUUCAAAUCGGCAAAGGCAAGGAGCUCCCAAAUGCCAAGAUGACAGAGAUGUCUUUGCGCUUGCUCUGGCAAUUAAAGAGAUGAGUGCAGCAACACGCAAAGCACGUACCACCCUUUGGUGUGCACUUCAGAUGACCUUGCCAAAAACUACAACUACAUCUGGACAGUUAGAUGUGGAGAAAGCUUUUCAGGAGAUGGUACAGUCUGAAGAUAAAGCAUGUGAAAAUAUGAAUAGCAGCAACCUCAUAAACCAAAGGACUGAAACAAACACCCACUAAUGAAAUAUCAGUGUAGGUAAAACCUGUAUUUCAUAUUUAAAUGAACCUUUACAGCUUAAACUAACCAGUUUUCUUCCAGAUUUAAAGUUGAUACUUUGAAGAAGCAAGUUCAGCUUCUCAAGACUCUAAUUGCUAAUUACCAGACAACACACUGAGGUAACAGAAAAUGUUAAUAGCUGUUGCAAAACAUUGACUGGACAGAAUUAACUUACCAGUUUAAGUACUCUGAUUAUUUUUAGCAGCUAAAACGUUAGCCCAUUCUGCAGUGCUGGUAAGCACCAAUGGGACUUCUUCAAUUUAAGUUUAUUUUAGGUUUGUGUUGGUGAGUACAUUCUUAAAUAAUGAAUCUUAGGACUGUGACCAACAGUGGCUGCAGUCUAGUAACACACAAGUGUGAUUGUGAUGUAAAAAUGUUUUCCUUAUCAAACUAGUACCUGGAGACAGGAGGAAAACAAUGCAAAAGAUACCCAAUAUUAAUGUACAAAUUACAUAUUUAAAAGGCAUAUUUAUAAAUUUGAAAUUUUAGAAUCUAAAUUUAUGAAAGGAAAUGCACUAGAUUCUCCUAAAUUAGUGAUAUUCCGAAACUGCUGUUAUGAAACCAUGCGAUUUAGUGAGCGUAAAACUUGUUCAAAUCAUUCAUGCAUACUGUCUAAAAAUAACUCUGUUUUAAAGUAUUUAAGUGUAAUCAAAACAUUACACCGUAUGAAUCCUGAAAAGCUGCACAGAAGCUGAAAUAAUGAGUAUUGUUCUAAUACCCUUGAUUUAAUACUUUUUAAAAAGGGUAUCACGAGUUUAUGAAAAGUAUUCUUUUUCUUUUCUUUUUUUUUUAAAGUUACUCUUUGGCUAGUUUGGUUUGAGAUCAGUUAGCAUAUAUUUUGUUACACUUAUUAGUUUUCUUCUGUAUUUUUUGAGAGCUAUUGAAUGCUUGGGUUUUUCUGCAUUUCUUAUCUCAAUAUCUUUGAAUAAUUUAUUCAUUAAUGUGAAAUGUUGAUAUUAUGUGGCUGAGGAGAUCUUGGGGUUUUAACAAUUCUAGCAUGGAGUUAAACUAUAAUGUGUGGAUUAAAUUUAUUGAACUACCCUUGGCUAGGUAUGCUGAUAUUUUAAAAGCCUGUUCUUCCUGGUUUUAGAGAUCCUGUUCUGCAAAAAGUGUAAUCACACCACAUAAAUUGUCUUUAGAUGAUGUGAGAGAGAAACUGAUUGCAAAUGCAGGAGAAACUGUAGUGGAACCAUACUGAUCAUUGAUAUGACUUGCAGUAUUGCCAUAAUGAAUUGCAUAGGGGCAGAAAAGCAAUAUAUCAUCAUACCACAAUAGUCAAUGCACAAGAGUGUUUAAGUUUGACAUAAGAUAUGUUGGAUGUUACAACAAAGAAUACUGUACUGAAUUUAGUCUGUCUAGUAAGAAAUAAAUAAGCUUUUGUUGGGAACAGUGUUGCAUUUUUAUGUGU